AUGGCGACAUCAGCAACUCGAACAGCGUGUCGGUCGCUAUUGCGAACCCAACGACGCAGUCUCAGUCACUCGGCUCGCGCCUCCUCCUCCUCAUCAUCAUCGAAUCCGACCUGGCAACCGCUGCUCCAACCAGGCGUCUUGCCUGCCUACGACGAGGCGCUCGCCUACCUCUCCAGCCACGCUUCGGAUCUUCGCACCCGCAUCACCUCUCUUGACACCGACACUUCGCUCUCCACCUCAGACCGCGCUGCUCUCAAAGACUCACUCGAGAUCGCCGCCCGCAUCAACGACCCGUCCACCCUCGCCGCGUUCCAAUCCUCCUCGCCCACGCACUACGAUGCAUCCAACCCAGCGUUCCGUCACCUUCGCGAGCGUGUGUGGCGCCGCGACUCCGGCGUGCUGACCAAAGUCAUGGAGAGGUGUACACUCAUGCAUGUGCUGCCCGAUGUGCUGGCGGGCUUGACGCCGACGGUGGAUGUGCAGGUUGCCUUUGGCACGGGUAGCGGGUUCACGGACCACGAAGCUAAAGGAGGAGAUGUGCUGGUCGGAGCUUUCGUCGAACCUAGCGCCACCGUCCAGGCGCCCAGGGUAGAAGUGAAUGUCUUUCACGAGGAGUCCAAGAGGUAUACCCUGGCGAUCCUCGAUCCCGAUCAACCAGAUGAGGACGUAGGUGGAUUCAAGACGACUCUGCUGGCCCUGAAAGAGGAUGUACAGUUGAGUGCGACGAGCGAUCCCACGGUUGAUCUGACCAAGGACAUGGAGGUGAACUGGAUCCCGCCUCACCCACAACAAGGCACACCCUACCACCGAUACACCACGGUUCUGUUCGAACAACCCACCCCCGCGUCGAAGGGAGAGGUGGAUAGGGAGAAUUUCAACCUCCGCACCUUUGCGCAGGAACGAGGGUUGACGCCGGCAGGCAUCCAUUUCUGGCGCGCAAAGUGGUCGCAGGAGUCCGCAGACACGAUCAGCGGGAUUUAUCGGGAUGUGUUGAAGAGGCAGGAGCCCAAAUAUGCAAAGCCGCCGAGCGAGGAUAAGGUGCGCAAGCUGGUCGGCGAUGGGGGAUCCAAGUGGUAUUCCUGA